UCCAUUCAGUUCACAUGUGAACUUAUUUUAAUGUACUUUGAUCUAAUUGUUAAUUCGUUAGAUAUUUUCUAAUCGCGAAAUGUUAUUUAUUAUUUCAUCUACGAUCAAAUUCAUAUUCCAUUAGAAAUAUGAUAUUACAAGAAUUGUAACUAUUAACGUUGGUCCUGCAUGCUGUGCACUGCAUCAUCGUCCUGCCCAAAAUAUUGCACUGUAUUUUAUCUUACUUUGCCAAACACUACAUAUAUAAUAAACUAAAUAAGAAAUUAUUAUGGCUGCCUACAUCAAUCGUACAAUGUCAAUGAUUGGAGGAGACAGCCAUCUAAGAUCAGCAGAUAUACGAACUGAUAGUUCUCCUCUUCAGAUUUUUGUUAAAGCCAAGAAAAAGAUCAAUGACAUAUUUGUGGAGAUAGAAGAUUAUGUACAUGAUACUGUAGGAUUUAUGAUAUCAUUGCGAACUGAGAGAAAUAUUGUUACUGCUGAAGAAGCACAAAGAAUUGAGAGUUAUACUGAUAAAGUUCAUGCAAUUAGAGAUGUACUUAAAAGGGAUCACAUGAAAGUUGCAUUUUUUGGAAGGACUAGUAAUGGAAAGAGUACAGUCAUUAAUGCAAUGUUACGUGAUAAAAUUUUGCCAAGUGGAAUAGGACACACAACAAACUGUUUUUUACAAGUUGAAGGUUCAGAUAAUGGUGAAUCUUACUUGAUUACUGAAGGAUCUACCGAAAAACAGCCUGUCCAAUCAGUUGGUCAAUUAGGUCAUGCUCUCUGUAAAGAGAAAUUAAGCGAAAGCCAUUUAGUAAGAAUAUUUUGGCCCAAGGACAAGUGUUUACUAUUAAGAGAUGAUGUAGUAUUUGUUGACAGCCCUGGAGUAGAUGUGACACCCAAUUUGGACGAAUGGAUCGAUAAACACUGCUUGGAUGCAGAUGUUUUUGUAUUGGUGGCUAAUGCUGAGUCUACUUUAAUGGUUACUGAAAAGAAUUUCUUCCACAAAGUGUCUACUAAAUUAUCUAAACCAAAUAUCUUUAUUCUCAAUAAUAGAUGGGAUGCAUCUGCUUCAGAACCAGAAUUCUUUGAACAGGUAAGGGCACAGCAUCAAGAACGGGCAGUCGAUUUCUUAGCGAAAGAAUUGAAAGUUUAUAGCCCUAAAGAUGCAGAAGAAAGAGUUUUCUUCAUUUCAGCGAAGGAAACUCUUCAAGCUCGUAUGCAAGAACAACGUGGCCAACCUGCUCACAAUGGUGCACUAGCAGAAGGAUUCCAAAAUCGCUAUUUCGAGUUUCAAGAUUUCGAACGAAAAUUUGAAGAAUGUAUCUCAAAGUCUGCUGUGAAGACGAAAUUUGAGCAACAUUCUCAACGUGGAAAACAUAUCGCUACAGAGAUUCGGCAAACGUUGGAUGAAAUACUGGAAAGAACACAAAGGAUGAAGGGCGAGCAGAUACAAAUUAAAAAGGACGUUCAUGAGAAAUUGAAUUACACAGAACAGCAAUUAAUGUUAUUGACUCAGGAGAUGAAGGAUAAAAUUCAUCACAUGGUGGAGGAUGUAGAACAGAGAGUGUCUAAGGCUCUGAGUGAGGAAAUUCGUAGAUUAGCUGUACUCAUCGAUGAAUUCAGCGUUCCGUUCCAUACCGACCCAUUAGUUCUAAAUGUAUAUAAGCGAGAACUUCAUACACACGUAGAAAAUGGCUUAGGUUCAAAUUUAAGAGCAAGACUCAGCACCGCACUGGCAUUGAAUAUAGAAACCUCACAACGAGAAAUGACCGAACGAAUGGCGAGUUUAUUACCAGACAAUAAAAAGCAUAUGUCGUUGAGUGUUUUGCCGAGAAGAGAGCCGUUCGAAAUUUUUUACAGAUUAAACUGUGACAACUUAUGCGCAGAUUUUCACGAAGAUUUAGAGUUUCGAUUUUCUUGGGGAAUUACAGCCAUAAUUAAUAGGUUCGCUGGAAGGCAAGGAAGCAGAUUGGCCAUCGUUAAUUAUCCACAAGAAAUACCACCUGCAAUUAUGUCUCCUGCGGAAAGUGUGGACUCUAUAAAAUUUAUGUCAAGUGCUCCAAAUUAUCAACAGCAUAGAUCAGACGAUUGGUCGUUAGCAACUAAGAUCGCAAUAGCAUCCGUAACAUCGCAAGGUACUAUGGGAGGGCUGAUAGUUGCUGGUUUUAUGUUAAAAACGAUUGGUUGGAGACUCAUAGCUGUAACCGGUGCUAUAUACGGUGCUUUGUAUCUUUAUGAACGACUAACAUGGACUAACAAAGCGAAAGAAUGUGAAUUUAAACGUCAAUACGUGGCUCAUGCUACAAAAAAAUUGAAACUAAUUGUAGAUCUGACAUCCGCGAAUUGCAGUCAUCAAGUACAACAAGAGUUAUCUAGCACUUUUGCACGCCUGUGCCAUUUAGUAGACGAGACCACGUCCGAAAUGGAUACCGAACUGAAAAACAUCGCAAGUACAAUACGAAUACUCGAGGAGGCGACUAGUAGCGCUAAAGUUUUACGAAAUAAGGCUAAUUAUUUAACAAACGAGCUCGAUCUAUUUGACGCAGCAUAUUUGAAGUCUUUAAAUUAAGCAUUG